AUGGGCGACGCCUGUGAUAAGGCGACGUUCACGCGUCUCAACUCCAAAGCGGACUUCGUAUCCUGGGAAAGAACGGUCCUACAGCUUCUCUACCGUAACAACCACGGAACGCUGAUGAAGAGCCAGGCCCCUGAGCCAACGCAAGACAUCGAAGAAACCAAGGCGUCGUUCAGACAGAGAAAGGAAACCUGGGAGACUAAUCACAUGGCGGCCAAAGCUAUGCUUGAAACGACACUCGGGGAUACCGCCUACCAAGCUGUCAAGGGCAUUAUCAAUGUCAAAGAAGCCUUUGACAAGCUAGUCGAAACUUUUGGCGGAACAGAGGAUGCCAAUUUCCUACUUGAUGUAAGGGAAUUUACCCGCUGCACCCAAUCGAGCUGCGGAGGGACCGUUGCUGAAUUCGCUGCGGAAUUGGAGCGGCGAUGGAAUAAGAUGAACGGCUGCAAGAGCAAGCCGGAUGAGGGAUUCCUUAUCGGCAUGUUUGUUAACGGCCUGGACGAACCCCUACAACAGUCCUUCUCCCUUGGCAUUGAGUCACGGCAUAAGAUCUCCGUUCGGGUAGACGCCAAACCAACGGACCCUCCAAGCGUCCGGUUCCCGGUGCUUGUUAGUGAGGCUCAGGCAUGGGAAAACCGUCUGAAGCUUGGCAACGAGAACCAAUCGUUCUUCUCUGGAAGAGAUCACAAGCGGAAACGCUGCCAGCACUGUAGUAAGGGGGGGCACGAGAGCUCCGGAUGCUGGAAGAAGUUUCCAGACAAGAAACCUCAAUGGGCGAUUGGCCGAGAAGCAGCUUACAAACAGCAGAGAAUAAACCAACUCUCCGCAACCGAUGGACGGACCUUCGAAGGACAACAAUCCGCCUGA